AUGGCGCAGUGUUACAUUUUGGCAUCUAUGUUGAAUGUUUUGCAACAUCAGCAUCAGUCUAUGCCUUCUGCCUAUGAUAUAAUGCAGAACCUCAAAGAAAUAUUUGGGGAUCAAAAUCGUGCUGCUAGGCAGACGACUAGGAAGGAACUUAUGAAUACUACUAUGGCAGAAGGGACCUUAUUAAGGGAUCAUGUUCUAAAGAUAAUUGGUCUUAUCAACGAGCUAGAGAUCCUUGGAGCUGAAAUCGAUGGGGAAACCCAGAACAUGAAUAAGCUCUCUUACUCAUUGGUAGAACUACUUAAAGAGCUUCAAGCAGCCGAGGGCCUCAUCAGGAAGCCAACUAUUGCUCUGUGA